UUCAUACUUCAAUCUGGGGCAUGUUCUUUUAAUGAAGAUUAACAUGAUCAAGUGCUCUUGGAUGUAUAUUUUACCACUUGUUCUGGUCAUGGCCCUUUUAUUAGCCUGUAUUUUGUGGGAAGUGAAUAAUCAAACCAAACUGAGCAGACAUUGGUCCUGAGCAGCUGAAUAAACGGAGUUGCGGCGCCUCCGCGCUUUGUGCAUGUGCGCGUAUGUGUGCGUGUUGUGGGCCAAUAGUCACUCAGUUACACAACCGCUUUCAGUUUCCGAGCCCUGCCUGCCUCCCUGGUGGCUCCCCGCCCACCGCUGCUCUCUGCUGCUUGCCUGUCUGCUUGCCUGGCUGCUGGGCGGACUGGGGUAGAUCCGAGCCGACCAGUUCCGUGUUCUCUCCUCGCCCAGUACAAGGACCAGGACUGAACGGGAAGACCUGACAGUGUCAUGGUGGACAUUCCUGGGCAGCCACGGCGACCAUAACUCUGGGGGCAGCGGGGAAGUGUUUCCGGAGUGACUUCAGCCUGGGGUUCAAAGGUCAUCAUAAUGAUGAAUGAACAGACGAGGAUGAAGCAAUCGACACAGAGGUGUUAAGGAUCUCAGCCCUUUGGAUUAAAAAUGGAUCUUUUGCUGCAAGAGAAAGGAAAUUCUGGGGAUUCCAGGAAUUUCAUGAAGUUGUUUAUUUGAAACAAGACUGGAUGACCUUGAUCAACCUUUUUUUCAUUUGGACUAAUAUGGAUUAACAGUCUAUAGGGUUGGAGGCAUUUCUAACGCAAAACUGGCUAUGAACUAGACUUUGGGUCAAGAUGGAGCAGGAUUUUACACAGUAACAGCAGCAGCUCUUAACUGCAGUUAGUGUAGAUUUGAAUAUAUUAGCCUGUACUAACAUUAGCCGCUGCUUGUUCACCCAGUAGAGUCAAGUGCUAUUAGUAACUGGAUUGGCCAACUAUUCCACUCAACAUUAUUGUGAAUGGACGUCUGACAUUUUCCCUCAGCUUUGAACUUUGCCUUCUGGUCACCACAGCAUCACUAACACAAUCUCAAAACAUGGCUGCCACAGGAAGGAAGCACUUGGUGAAAGACUUCAAUCAUUUCAUCACCUGUUACCUGUGCCGGGGAUACCUGAUUAAACCGACCACAGUCACUGAGUGCCUGCAUACCUUCUGUAAGAGCUGUAUUGUGCAGCACUUUGAGGAGAGUAAUGACUGUCCUAAAUGUGGCAUUCAGGUGCAUGAGACGAACCCUCUGGAGAUGCUCAGGUUGGACAACACACUGGAGGAGAUCAUUUUCAAGCUGGUGCCUGGACUUAGAGAAAAAGAGGAACAGCAGGAACUCGAAUUCUGGAGGAAGAACCAGCCCAAAGAAAAUGGCCAAGUAGAAAACCUGAUGUGUCAGAGACUCGGGCUACCCGAUGUUGGGGGUGAUGGUGAUGGUGGUGGUGGUGAUGGUGAUGAUGGGGAAGGUGGUGGUGAUGAAGACUACCACAGGAGUGAUCCUCAAAUAGCGAUAUGUCUGGACUGCCUGCGCAACACGGGACAGUCGGGGGAGAACACAGUCACGGAUCUGAUGAAGAGGUUCAUCCGUUGCUCCAGCAGAGUCACCGUGGGAACAAUUAAGAAGUUUCUCAGUCUUAAACUCAAGCUUCCCAGCUCUUAUGAGACGUGCUGUGUAAUGGGGAGAUCAUGGGCAGAGAUCACACUCUGGAGUUCAUCUACAUGACCCGAUGGAGGCUACACGGAGAGAAUAAUGCAUCUCACUGGACAGCCUAAAACGAACCACCACCAUGCAACACCCAGCAGUAGAGCCCCUCUCUGUUUGGUCCCCUUUCCUCACAAACACACACACACACACACACACACACACACACACCAGUUUAUAAUGAUGAAUAUGUAAUUAGUGUCUGUUUUUGUCUUGUCUUACUUGUUGUCAUGUCUUUCACGUUUUAUUAUGUUUUCAACAGGAACAACUUAGCUGGCUUGUCCUACUGUCUUGUCUUAUGUCCGUUUUGUCCCACUGUCUUGUCUCGUCCAGUCCCUGUACACUUUCGUCUAUUGAGGUUUUGCACAUAUUUCACAUGAUCAUGUGGUUUGCUGUUUAUGACCCCACAUUGGUAAGCAAGCUUUCCUUGGAUUGUACAAUGUGUUAAAUGAUGGACCUGCUAAACUCCUGUGUGCCAUUUAUUACUUAGCUUUCACCAAUUAUAAGUUAGGCAGAAAGACCGCUCGGUUACAUUGGUGGUAGCAGUGGUUUUGUUCUGCCGACCACUGUUUAUAGUUAUUACCGCAGUUAGCAUAGCUUCUCAGUAUAGUUAGCCUGCAUGCCUGUUGCGCUUAGCGGCGUGUAAGAAAAGAAGUGUCAUCAUGUGGUACGGUGAU